AUGGCAGAGAGACCGCCGCAGAACGUAUCAGCGCCUGAUCCUGAAGAGGACGAUUUGGAUGAUCUAGACGAUGUGCUCGACGAGUUCCAAGCAACUUCGAUAUCAAAGCCCAAAGCGGCAUCACCUACCGUACCCGCAGCAUCAGGACCCGGCAGACCCAAAUAUGCAUCUUCUACAGCAGAACCUGCCUCAGCAGGCUCAGACGACGACCUAGCAAAGCAACUCCAAGCCGGCAUGUCCAGCCUCAUCAGCGAACUCGACCAAAACCCCGACAUGCAAGCCGAAUUCGAGAAAAUGAUGCAAGAGCUCAUAGCCGCAGGCGCAGCCGGCAGUGACCAAGAAGCCGGUGCACAUCUCCAGGAAGCCGCAAAGGCAGUCUCAGAAGAUACAAAGCCCAAAGCAACAACGACACCGUCCAGUAGCAACACAGCCGACAAGAAGAAACCCGCCUUCGACUCCACAAUCCGCGCAACGAUGGACCGCAUCUCCGCCUCCAACACCGCAGCCUCCACAGCCUCCACCCAACCCCAAAGCGAAGAAGACCUCCUCGCCCAGAUGAUGAAAGAACUCACUGAGGGCGGGAUGAUGGGAGGUGAAGGUGGGGGGAAAGGGGACUUCAACUCCAUGCUUAUGAACAUGAUGGCGCAUUUGACGAAUAAGGAGAUUCUAUAUGACCCAAUGAAAGAGCUGCAUGACAAGUUCCCGGCGUGGUUGGAGAAGAACGAGAAGACCACGGACAAGGAAAAUUUGAAGAGGUAUAAGGAGCAACAGGUUUUGGUGAGGGAGAUUGUGGGGAGGUUUGAGAGGAAGGGGUACAGUGAUGGGAAUGAGGAUGAUAGGGAGUAUAUUGUGGAGAGGAUGCAAAAGAUGCAAGCCGCUGGCUCGCCACCGUCAGAUCUGGUUGGUGAUAUGAGUGCUGCGCAAGAGGCACUUGGUGAUUUGGAUCAGGGCUGUCCUACGCAAUAG